AUGAAGCUCUCUUUUCUUAAUUUUCUCGCACUUUCUCUCCUUAUUCUCCUCGUUUCCAAACAGCCCACAUCCCAGUCUGUUGGCAUUACUCAUGACUUCGUCGACGCACUAUCGAAAUCCAUAUUGUUCUUCGAGGGGCAGCGGUCGGGCUACCUGCCGGCGGACCAGCGGAUGACGUGGCGGGAAAACUCGGGGCUCGACGACGGCAAGGAUCUCGGCGUUGACCUGACUGGCGGCUACUACAACGCCGGCGACAACGUCAAGUUUGGGUUUCCGAUGGCCUUCACGACCACAAUGCUGGCGUGGAGCGUGGUGGAGUUCGGAGAUUUGAUGCCGCCAGCCGAGCUCCGGCACGCUCUCGCUGCCGUCCGGUGGGGGACGGAGUACAUCCUGAAGGCUGUGGCUCAGCCCAAUAGGAUCUUCGUGCAGGUGGGGAAUCCACGGCUAGACCACAGGUGCUGGGAAAGGCCGGAGGAUAUGGACACUCCCAGGACAGUCUACGCCGUGAGUGCACCAAACCCGGCUUCGGACAUCGCCGGCGAGAUGGCGGCCGCCCUAGCAGCUUCUUCACUGGCCUUUCGUUCCUCCGAUGACGAAUACUCCGGCACCCUACUGCAGAACGCCAUGAGAGUCUUCCAAUAUGCAACCAACUACAGAGGAAAUUACAGCGAUAAUCCUCAUGUUAGGAGCGCUGCCUGCCCCUUCUACUGUUCCUACUCUGGAUAUCAGGAUGAGUUGCUUUGGGGAGCAGUGUGGCUAAGGAGAGCAACCCAGAACGAUUCCUACCUUAAUUACGUGUUGCAAAAUGGCCCAGCUUUUGGGGCUUAUUAUAACAUUUUCGAAUUCGGGUGGGAUAACAAACAUGCAGGCUUCAAGCUUCUCCUCUCUAAGGAAUUUUUGGAAAAAGGCACAAUCAUUCUGCAACCCUUCAAGGAAUUAUCAGACAGCUUCAUGUGUUUUCUCUUGCCGGAGGCGCCGUCGCCGUACCACGUCGGCUACACUCCGGCGGGCCUCCUUCACAAGAACGGCUGCUGCAACAUGCAGAGCGUGACCACCUUCUCCUUCCUCCUCCUCGUCUACGCCAAGUACCUCGAGGCACCCCCGUCCUCCGCCGAGCCCGGCCUCGUCACCUGCGGCAACGCCACCUUCGGCUCCGACGCCCUUCGCCGCCUCGCGCGGCAGCAGAUCGACUACGUCCUCGGGGACAACCCCAAGAACAUGUCCUACGUGGUGGGGUACGGCCCUAAUUACCCGCGACGCAUCCACCACCGCGGCUCAUCCUUGCCGUCCAUCAAGGUCCAUCCCCAGAUCCUGCGGUGCACAGAUGGCUACCCGUACUUCAUCUCGACCAAGCCGGACCCGAAUGUGUUGGUGGGGGCCGCCGUGGGUGGGCCAGGGUUGGAUGAUGCGUACGUGGAUGACCGGUGGGACCCAAGGCAGUCGGAGCCGGCCACCUACUAUAAUGCGCCGCUGGUGGGCGCACUUGCCUACUUUGCUGCAGCUGCCAACGGCGAUGCUAGUCUCACUCGUGGUUAA